CACACACACACACAUGCACACACCCCAACACACACGCAGACAAACUCCCAAACUCUCCCGCAGACUCAGAGCCUCAGUGGUCCGGCAGAGAGGGGCUGCUUGUUGCUCCCUGCAGCUCAGAAGGCAGGAGCAGUCUGGAUGGAGAGCCGGUGCUCUGACAGCAUCCCUGUGCGCUGAGCAGAGACCCCAGCAGCCUGGAGUUCACCAUGGAGGGUGGGAGAGUUUGGUCCAGAUACCAGAGGACGUUCCUGAUCACGAUGAUGAUGGUCAAACUGGGUCUACUGUGCACAGCAGCAGCAGACAAAUGCUUAUCAUCUCCCUGCAAGAACGGAGGAGAAUGCCACGACAUUCAGGGUGGUUAUGUGUGUUUGUGCCCCAAAGAACAUGUGUGGUACAUGGGCAGACACUGUGAGAAGCUGUAUGAUGCCUGUGCUUUUGCUACCUGCAGCAAUUGUACCAGCAUACCCGGGACAAACCAGUUCACCUGUCACUGCCCAGAUGGCUUCACAGGACUCAACUGUGACCAGGAUGUCGAUGAAUGCCAGAGCAACCCCUGCAGCGGUGUUAGGUGCAUCUGUGCCAAUGCAGUCAACGGGUACUCGUGCCACUGUCCCAUUGGACGGGGAGGGGAGUACUGCCAAGAUAACGUGASCACUUGCUCAGAGGAAACAUGUCAGAACGGUGGCUCCUGCAGAGACAUCCUUGACAUAGGGCACCAGUGUGAAUGUGCCGCUGGAUACCGGGGGACAAACUGUGAGGAGAAUAUUGACGAGUGCCAGUCUGAUCCCUGUCAGAAUGGAGCCAUCUGUAAGGAUGGAGUCAACGGCUACCAGUGCUUCUGUGUGCCUGGAUUUCAGGGUUACCACUGUGACUUGGACAUCAAUGAGUGUGCCUCUCAGCCUUGUCAAAACAAUGGCACAUGUUUGGAUGAAGUGGACCACUAUGAGUGUGACUGUGUUCCAGGUUUUAAAGGUAUUAACUGUGAGGAGGACAUCAAUGAGUGUGAGGUCUUCCCCUGUCAGAACGGUGCCACCUGUAAAGACCACAUAGCAACAUACUCAUGUGAGUGCAUCGUUGGUUUCCAAGGCCGAGACUGUGAGGUCAACAUUGAUGAAUGUGCAAGUACGCCCUGUCUGAAUGAAGGCAAGUGCAUCGAUGGAGUCAAUAGCUAUGAGUGUGACUGUGAGGGUACUGGCUUUGUUGGGGACCACUGUGAGGAGGACAUUCCUGAAUGUGCAUCUAACCCCUGCCAGCAUGGAGCCACCUGCAUGGAGGGAGUCAACCAGUACCAGUGCUCCUGCUGGGCAGGUUACGAAGGAGAAAACUGCCAGGUGGAUAUAGAUGAGUGUGAGCAUCACCCCUGUGAAAACGGUGGUGAGUGUUUCCAGAUGUCAGAUGUUCUGAACUACCAGACGCUCCCUGAGCUCAGCACACUCAGUUUCACUUAUGAAGCAGCAGCUGGUUUCAUCUGCCACUGCCUGCCUGGAUUUACAGGAGAAAACUGCUCCGUUAAUGUGGACGAGUGUGAGUCUGCUCCAUGUCAGCAUGGAGGACGCUGUCAGGAUCAGGUCAACUCCUACCGAUGUGUGUGUCCAGAUGGCUUCAAAGGUGUGCACUGUGAGGUGGACCUCAACGAGUGUGACAGCGAUCCUUGCCAGAACGGAGCGACGUGCGAGGAUGCUGCCAACUCUUACAGGUGUCACUGCCCCGUGCCAGAACGAGGUCAGGAACCCUGGGGUGGACGCAACUGUGACAUCAGGCUGGCUGGCUGCCGGCAGCACCGGUGCCAGCAUGAGGCGAGCUGCGCUCCCAUUCUGACCAGUGACGAUGAGCACAGCUACCACUGCUUGUGUACACCUGGCUGGACCGGAGAGCGCUGCAACACCUCCACCACUUUUUCCUUCAACAUGGAGGGCUAUGUACACAUGCAGCUGCCCAUCAUCAAGAACAGGACAAAACGAGAGGUCAGCGGUAAAAGUCACGGACUCCACAUGCAGCUUCGUUUCAGGAGUACUUUACCAGACAUGGUGCUGUACUACCGGGGCAGCAGGGACAGCUUUGUCUCACUGGAGCUUGUUGACGGCUCCCUCCUGGCCAGGAUAAAGUCAGGGAAGAUGCUACAGGCGGUUUACCCAGGUCCAGUCACCAAUGGAGAGUGGUACCAGGUGACUGUGGCCAUGGAUGAGAGGCUGGUUCUGACUGUCGAAGGACCUCAUUGUGAGGAAGGAUGCCAAGUAAGGAACGAAGGUCACAACCAUUUGGUUUUUCUUCAGCCCAGCUCCUUUCAGCAGCUUUAUAUCGGAGGAGCACCUCCGGAAUAUUCCACCCAAUUAUCCAGUGGUAAGGGAUUUAUUGGCUGCAUGGAAGAUCUGAAAGUCGACCACACACUGCUGCUGCCUCAAGACCUUAUCAGAGAGGAGUAUAAGGGCUUAGAACUUGGAUGUUCCAAAACAGACUGGUGCUCUGAUGAGGAUUGUUUGGGUCGUGGAAAAUGUAUGGACAUGUGGGUUCGAGCUAGCUGUGACUGUCAUCGGCCUUACUACGGAGAAAAAUGUGAAAAAGAAUACCAAUCAUGGACAUUUGGCCACGAGAACACCACCRGUUAUUCCUCCUUCAACAUCUCCAGCAGCCAUGGAGAAAACUUUACUCUUUCCUUUUUAAUGCGCUCCCUGAAACGUAAUGGAUUGCUCCUGCAGUUCCGUCGAGAAGGAAAGCCCUACCUGACCGUCUACCUGAAAGAAAGCACUGUUGCCAUCUACAGCUUUCACACCACAAUCCUUUCAGAAGCCAAGUUAGUCACCGAUGGGAAUAAUCAUUUAGUCACCAUAAAGGUUAAUUAUGGACACGUCGUCUUUCCUAAAGCAGGGAACAAUCGCGCCUUAGGGAAUGUGAGUGUGGAGGCAGGAGAUGAAGUGUUCGUAGGAGGACUUCCUGCAGGCAAGCACACGAAYGCCUGGGGUGGAAACUUCAAGGGCUGCCUGCAGGACAUCAGGCUGGAUGACAAACAAGUCAUUUUUGGGAAUGUUACAGAAGGCUUGGAGAUUUAUCUGGGGAACUCAGAAAGUGUGCUGCAAGGAUGUCACAGUGACAAUACAUGCAAGGACAACCCCUGUAUUAAUAAUGGAGAAUGUCAAGUCACCUGGAAUGACUUCAGGUGUUCCUGCCCCAUUAAUUUCUCUGGCCCACUGUGUGAAACACGCUUGUGGUGUGUCGACAAACCCUGUUUUGAUGGAGCAGUCUGCGAGGAACUAAACAAUGGCUAUGAAUGUUUAACACAAGCCAUUUUUCAGGACAACGCUCUUCGAUAUGUAGCCAACAGCUCCCUGCUGGACCCUGUGACCAACAUCACCAUGGACAUACGAACACGAGAUGAGAACGCGGUCUUAUUGCGAGCUGAAGGCAAAGCUCAGGUCUUCUGCCUGGGUAUACUCAACUCUAGCCUGCUAAUCAAGCUGGACAGUGGACCUGGCAAAGAACUGCUGGCCUUUACAAGUGACAGAACCAUUGCAGAUGGGGCAUGGCACCACAUCCAGAUCAGCAUGGCUGACCCUUCGCUGUCAGURUCAUUAUGGCAGCUCACAGUAGACGGGCAGAAAGCUGGGAGGAGCUUUGUUGUUGGUGGAAACCUAAACUUCCUUAAUGACAGUGAAAUCUGGCUGGCAACGAAAUACACUGGAUGUAUCGGGGAGGUGAGAGUGGGAGGAGUCUACCUGCCUCUCAAACAGGUGCCAGCUGCCCCCCAGGCGAGCCAGUUCUCUAGACUCAGUGGACAUGAACCAAUCAUUGGAUGCCAAGGUGCCCCAGUUUGUGAUUCCGACCCUUGUCUUAACCAGGGCACGUGUCAGGACCAGUUUAAUGAGUUUAACUGCAGCUGCAGCCCAGGAUGGGAGGGGAAGCUGUGUGAAACAGAGAUAAAUGAAUGUUUYUCAGCUCCCUGUGUCUAUGGAACAUGUAAAGACCUCCUGGCAGAGUACCAGUGUGACUGCGAGCCUGGAUACAAAGGGAAGAACUGUCAAGAUGAGGUGGAUAACUGCCUGCAGUUCAGCUGUAUGAACGGGGGAAACUGUGUAAAAGCGGUGGACACUUACACAUGUGCAUGUCCUUCAGGCUACAUCGGCAAGCGCUGUCAGUGGCGCUUCCCCCCGGCAGCGUGUGAUUCAGACAGGAAGUGUCUGAAUCGAGGGGUUUGUAUUGGAGAUGAAUCUGGAGGCAACUGCACCUGUAAGCCUGGAUACACAGGUGUCAGGUGCGAGACGGAAAUAGACGAGUGUGAAUCCUGUCCCUGUCAAAAUGGUGCAACCUGUCUGGACCGACUUAACCACUUUCAGUGUGUGUGUGUCCUCGGCUUUAGUGGCAAACUGUGUGAGAGAAGUAAAGAUAACCAUAAGGAGCAGGUCCCCUGGCUGGCAGUGACCAUCCCCCUCAUCACCUUAUGUGUUUUAUUAGCCAUCCUGACGAUGUUUUUCCUCGCCAUGACGGCACGCAAGAAGCGCCAGUCGGAGGGCACGUACAGCCCCAGCUCUCAGGAGGUUGCUGGUGCCAGGUUGGAAAUGGGCAGUGUCCUGAAAGUGCCUCCAGAGGAGAGGCUGAUUUGAGGCAGGGAAGCCUCAGCUCACUCCUACAUCCAAAGGAUGCAUAUUAUGGACCGAGAGAACAUUUGUUCUGAAGGAUCGUACUGCUCUGAGUGAGGAAAGAUGGAGGGCAAGCCCAUGACAGGCCCUCUGUCUGGAACAACUACUGAUGCUGGACUCUCACAGUUCCACAAAGACUAGAAACAGUUUUACACUGAUUCUUAGGAAGAGGGGAGAGUGUCAGAACUGACCCCAACAGGGCUCUGAAACUCUGGAUCUUAAGGACUGAGGCCCGACCACAUGGGAACAUUUUUAUUUUUUUACCUUUUCAGCCUUGCAUCUACAUGGAAACUGUUUUUGAAGCCACUAGAAUUCUACCAAACCAGGUUCCAGAGUGAACAAAAGUUAAGUUGCUACUCUUACAUGUUUGUUUUGACAGCCUAAACACAACCUUUUGAAGGUGUAGUAGACCCCCUAACCCACCCUAUGACCUCAAGCGACAGACCCAUAGACACACACAUGUUUGUGUAUGUGCUGCCAGUAAAACCUUCAUUUACUGUAUUACUUCAAUGAACACAAAUCACGUAAUGUAUCUCACUGAAUCAUCUAAAGCCAAAAAUGUUUUUAUCAAUUUCUUAAACUGUCAACACAAACAAGCAAAGGCUGCAGGAAUGUAUACAAUAAAUAUUGAAUAUUUAGAAGCAUAGGAAACUAGAGGAGCUUUAAAAGAUUCAUACCUGUGUAUAAAAAUAACCUGAUUAACUUUGAACAUUGUGAGGAAAUGUCUGACUGUCUCUGGAUUCUGGGUCUGAAAUGUGUCCAAUAAGUCCCUGGGUUUGGACUGAUUGCUGGUCCUAGGCUGAUCACCAGUGUCAACAUGUUAAAUCAUUACAGUGUUGAAGCCAUUGACUCUUCCAUCRCACAGUACCUGUUGUUAAAAUAAAACACGUUGGAGACGAAGAGUUUUUUAGGAGGUUCCUCUAAACUGUUGUUCUCAGUAAAAUUAUUUUUAGGUUAGUUGUACAUUUUUUCCUGGAGGAUGACACAGCCACGUCUAUUUAAGAGGAAAUGCUGUUUUGCAACAAAUGUUUGCAUCAAGCUUACAAAUCUUUGCGUGCAACAUGAGUUAGCGUGUUAAUGUGUUCUACCUGCUAACAUGCUAACUUUUGUUAAUAAAAAUAACACAGUAGGUUGACUGAUUUUUGAGCUGAAAUUAUAAAUUUAAAUUUUACAUUUAUUUWCAAAGCUUCUGUUUAAAAUGUUUUUUCAGAAGUUCUGAUCACACAUCAGGAACAUGUCGACACUUUUACAGAGUGACUGUCCCCAGAUCAGUCUCUUUAUUUACGUCUGUACAUCAAAAUUAAACUAUCAUAAAUCAUUUUAUAGUAAAGUACCAUUAUACAAAUAAAAUAAUCUUUGAGGUAAUAUGUAUUCAUACAGCUGUAUUCAUAGUCCAAUUUGUUAUAAAAAAAGCAAUGAAAGCCUGUUUUACACUUUUUAUUUUAAAUCCCAAAACUGUGAAAACCUGGUGUUCUGCUCAAAGCCAGAGUCUCAUACCAGCCCGUGUUUUAUCAACAUUAUCAUCCUGUAGUUUGAAAUAUCCUCUUUUCAAUUAUCCUGUAGUUUAACAAAGUAGAAGUUUGACGUUGAUGUGAGUCCAGAAAAAAAGAUAUUUAUUUUUUUGUUUUCUUGUCUUUCUUUUCUUCCUGUCUUUCCAGUCUGAACAAAGUUAAAUAUAAAAUGUUCUGUUUCUGUUGUAUUGUGGAGACAGUGUUACAGCGCCACAUUAAGGCAUAGUUACUACAGCCAUUUGGGUCAUUUUCUGUUUCCUUUAAGACGUAGGAAAUGUGCUGAGUUCACUGGGAUAGUUUUAACAGUGACAAAAUAAAAAGAUUGUUUUGGGAGGAAAGAAUCUCACAUGGACAAGGAAUCAAUCUCUAAAGCUGUUUGACAUCCACCAUCUGUUGGUUUUGGGGCCUGUAAUCCAUCACUUAAGGCCCAGAAAAGGAGAACCUUUGUGUGCAAAUUCUAACACUGACUCUGGUUUUACAUGAUGAAACAGGGAAACAUUUCUCCAUCUGUCUUACUUCAGGGAGGAGUUAUACCUGCAGGAACACACAAGGUCUCUGAUUAACAGUGACAUUUUUAUAACUGUUCUCAGAGGCAGACUCCUUUUUCUCAAUCUUCAACUCUUUAACAGAUUUGUCUGCCUGAACAAUUCAUCUGUUUUGAGCAGAACAUGUGGGGGGUGGACUUUUGGAAACUGCUUGAAGCUCUGAGGAUGAAAUUCAUAAGAGAGAUUCUCUGGAUAACGUGUAAAUGGGCAUAAAAUAUUUUUUUAUUGAGGGUAGGGGGACGGGGUUCUUGGAUGUAAAUGAUCCAGACAGUUCUGGUCUCUCUCAUAGGAGUCAUAAAACUAACUGCUGUAUUUUACCAUCACUGUGCAUUGUGUGACGAUUCACACAACCCAUUUUUCUUACUGUUUAAUAGUGUUUUUGUUCAUAUUUUUGUGACAUUUUGUGUGUAUAUGUGCUGAAGAAGUCCAAACCACUCUAUUAUUAUUUUUUAUAUAUAUUUCCAAGAUGUUUUCAGUAUUUAAUUGUAGAAAUGUGGUUGUGGUCAUUUUGUCAAGAAAAAAAUCAGAAAAAUUGUGGUCUAGAGUUUGUGAAGAAUGUUUAGUUCAGAUGCAAUAAAGUAGAAAUAAAAAAAAACGCAAACUAAA